GAGCGAGCCGCCAUCUCCUCGUUCUUUUCGAGCUGCAAUCGCACGCCGCUGGUCGACGGACUCUUUUUUUUUUUAAAAUUUAAUAGCCGCUCAAACGCGAAGAGAGAAACGUUAAAAAAAAAAAAAAAAAGAAAAACUACCGGGAAGACAUGUCGCGUUUUUUUGCCACUGGCUCCGACACGGAGUCUGAAGAAUCGUCUUCUGGAGACGAACUUGCGCCCAAGCAAGCAGGGACCACAUACGCCAAGCCAGCGAUCUUGCUGAGCGAUGAUGAGGAGGACACGAAGAGGGUGGUGCGGAGCGCCAAGGACAAGAGGUUCGAGGAGUUAACGAAUCUGAUCAAGACGAUCCGGAACGCCAUGAAGAUUCGAGACAUGUCGAAAUGCCUGGAGGAGUUCGAGCAGCUGUGCAAAGCGUUCUUGAAAUCCAAGAACAUCGUGGACAAAGAGGGGGUGCCCACCUUCUACACGCGCCUGCUGGCCGACCUGGAGGACUACCUGAACGAGCUGUGGGAGGACAAGGAAGGCAAGAAGAAGAUGAACAAGAACAAUGCGAAGGCUCUGAGCUCCCUGAGACAGAAGAUCAGGAAAUACAACCGAGACUACGAGGCUGAGAUCACACGCUACAAAGAGAACCCUAUGCAGUCUGCUGACGAGGAGGAAGAGAAAGAUGAAGAAGAUUCCGAUGACUCCGCGGACAGUGCAGAUGAGAAAGGUGAGGUUGUGAUGUCUGCCAGCGCGUUCCUGAAGAAGAGCGCCGAGACUCCCCCGGAUCCCAAGCAGUUCCUGAAGAAGGGAGAGGGUGAGGGUGAUGAGUCUUCCUCCGAUGAAGACUGGGGCUCGGACUCGGACAGCGAUGACUCAGAGAGUGACGACGAGGAUGGGAAGAACAUCUCCAUAGCAUCCCGCUUCCUCAAGAAGACCUCCAGUGAAGAGGACCGACGUGCGAUCGAGGUGAAGAAGCAGACCAAGGAUCAGAAGAAGCUGGACCGGAAGAUGAAGAGAGUGGAGGAGGAAGAGGAGGAGGAGGGGGGAGAGCAGGAGGGAGAGGGGGAGUGGGAGAAGGUGAAGGGAGGCGCUCCCAUGUCCAAGGAGAAGCCCAAGAUGUUUGCUAAGGGCACAGAAAUCAAUAACGCCGUGGUGUUGAAGAAACUGCAUGAGAUCCUGCAGGCGAGAGGAAAGAAGGGAACAGACAGGGCUGCUCAGAUCGAGCUGCUUCACUCUCUGGCUUCGAUCUCCUCUGAGAAUAACCUUGGGCAGGGGAUCCUGGUGAAGAUCAAGUUCAACAUCAUCGCCUCCCUGUACGACUACAAUCCCAACCUGGCUGCGUUCAUGAAGGCUGAUAUGUGGAGGAAGUGUCUGGACUGCAUCGACGAGCUUCUCGACAUCCUGUUUGAGAACCAGAACAUCUUCAUCGGAGAAAACAUCGCGGAGGACAGCGAGAACCUGGCCAUCUCCGACCAGCCCUUCAGGGUGCGUGGAGAUCUCUUUGCUAUAACUCUAGUGGAACGAAUGGAUGAAGAAUUCACCAAAAUCAUGCAGAACACUGACCCUCUCUCCAGCCCUCUCAAGUACGUGGAUAACCUGAAGGACGAGGCUCGAGUGUGCAGGAUUGUGGACCGGCUCCUGCUCUACCUGGAUCAGAAGGGCAGCACGGAGGAAGUGUGCCGUGUCUACCUGCGCAGGAUCAUGCAUUCCUACUACAAGUUCGACUACAAGGCUCACCGCCGCGCCCUGGCCAGCCAGCAGGGGGCAGAGGAGUCCAAGUCGGAGCAGGACCAGACGGAGAGCGAGGGGGAGGACAGCGCGGUUCUGAUGGACCGCCUCUGCAAGUUCAUCUACUCCAAGGACCGGACCGACCGGAUCAGAACCUGUGCCAUCCUCUGUCACAUCUACCACCACGCCCUCCACAACCGCUGGUACCAGGCCCGGGACCUGAUGCUGAUGAGCCACCUGCAGGACAACAUCCAGCACGCAGAUCCACCUGUGCAGAUCCUGUACAAUCGCACAAUGGUGCAGCUGGGAAUCUGUGCGUUCAGGCAGGGCAUGAUCAAGGACGCCCACAAUGCAUUGCUGGACAUCCAGUCCAGCGGCCGUGCCAAGGAGCUCCUGGGGCAGGGGCUUCUGAUGAGGAACAUGCAAGAGAGGAACCCUGAGCAAGAGAAGAUCGAGAAGAGGAGACAGGUCCCUUUUCACAUGCACAUUAAUCUGGAGCUGCUGGAGUGCGUGUAUCUCGUCUCCGCGAUGCUGCUGGAGAUUCCCUACAUGGCAGCGCACGAGUUCGACGCGCGCAGGAGAAUGAUCAGCAAGCAAUUCCACCACCAGCUCAGAGUGGGAGAGAGACAGCCACUGCUGGGUCCUCCCGAGAGCAUGAGGGAGCACGUUGUGGCCGCGUCGAAGGCCAUGAAGAUGGGAGACUGGAAGACCUGCCACUCCUACAUCAUCAACGAGAAGAUGAACAGCAAAGUGUGGGACCUGUUCCCAGAGGCACAGAGAGUCACCGAGAUGUUGGUCAGGAAAAUCCAAGAGGAAUCUUUGCGUACUUACCUGUUCACCUACAGCAGCGUCUACGACUCGAUCAGUAUGCGGAUGCUGUCCGAGAUGUUCAUGCUGGAGCUGCACACGGUCCACGGCAUCAUCAGCAAGAUGAUCAUCAGCGAGGAACUCAUGGCAUCUCUGGACCAGCCCACCCAGACGGUGAUGAUGCAUCGCACUGAGCCCACCUCCCUGCAGAACAUGGCUCUCCAGCUCGCGGAGAAACUGGGGGGGCUGGUGGAGAACAACGAGAGGGUCUUCGACCUCAAACAGGGCAUCUACGGGGGCUACUUCAACAGGGAUCAGAAAGGAGGCUACCAGCAAAAGCAGGGUUACCAGAGAGAUCAGAGAGGAGGCUACCAGGGGGGCUACCAGGGGGGCUACCAAGGGGGCUACCAGGGGGGCUACCAACAAAAGCAAGGUUAUCAGAGAGAGCAGAGAGGAGGCUACCAGCAAAAGCAAGGCUAUCAGAGAGAUCAGAGAGGAGGCUACCAGGGGGGCUACCAGGGGGGCUACCAACAGAAGCAAGGUUAUCAAAAUCAGAGAGGUGGCUACCAGAACAAGCAAGGUGGCUACCACAGGGGAGGCUACAGGCAGCAGAACCAGACCUCGUACUGAACAGAACCCGACCUGGAC